ACCCUGGCUGGUGCAGUUGUCAAUCGUUAACAUGAUUUGAGCGGACUAUUACUGUUAUUUUUCACAUGGCAGGGCCGUGGAAAACUAAUUUAUCAGAAGGUUUCAUGAGUGGAAUAAACCCGUGUCCUCGGCUUCACCGGAACAGAGAAAGAAGAGAAAAGGUGAGCAGUGAUCAUGGAGGCUGUAUUUCACUCUCCCUUCACCACAGCUGGCCAGCUGCCUCGGGUGCUUCUGACUCUGUUUACGUUAUGGACAGUCUUGUGUUCAGCUGAUGUAAAGCAGACAAAAUGGCCAUUGUAUUCCCAGAAGCCAGUUCUUCUUGCCUGGAAUGCCCCAACACAGGAGUGUGCUCCGCGACGUUUGGUAACUUUAUCUCUGGACCAGUUUGACAUUGUGGCAUCCCCCAAUGAGGGCUUUGUCCGGCAGAAUCUCACGAUUUUCUAUAAGGAGCGCCUGGGGUUGUAUCCUUACUAUGAGCGUGGUGGCACUGCAGUAAAUGGAGGUCUUCCACAGCUUGCCAGCCUCGCUCAGCACUAUGAAAAGAUGCCUGGAGGUGUGCAGAAAUAUAUACGUGAGCCAGAGGCGAAGGGUUUGGCUGUUAUUGACUGGGAGGAGUGGCGGCCACUGUGGAUCCGAAAUUGGGACAUUAAAGACAUCUAUCGAAAUAAAUCCCGUGAAAUGGUGGCCAAAAAGAAUCCCACGUGGACCCCAGAGCAAGUGGCAAGAGUUGCCCAGCAGGAAUUUGAGCUAUCAGCUCGCAAAUUUAUGCUGGAGACUCUAAAACUUGCCAAGAGUCUGAGGCCCAAUCAGCUGUGGGGCUUCUACCUGUUUCCGGAUUGUUACAACCAUGACUACAGGAGUGGCCUGAAGAACUACACAGGCCGCUGCCCUGCUGUGGAGAUGGCCCGCAAUGACCAGCUAAACUGGCUGUGGAUGGAAUGUACAGCAUUCUUCCCAUCUAUAUACAUGGGUUCUGUACUACGCUCUACAAAUCAUGGGCGUCUCUUUGUCCGAAACAGGGUGAAAGAGGCGAUGCGCCUGGCAUCUGUUGGGGACGGAUUAGCACGUCCUGUUUUUGUUUAUACCCGACCUACUUACAUGAAUCAGAUGACCCUUCUAACUGAGACAGAUCUGGUCUCCACCAUUGGUGAGAGUGUUGCACUUGGAGUUGCAGGUGUAAUCUUCUGGGGGGACACCUCCUAUGCAAGCAGCAGUGCCAGUUGCUCCACCCUAAAUGAGUAUCUUCAGGGACCGCUGGGCCGGUAUCUACUCAAUGUUUCUACGGCAGCAGAGCUGUGCAGUCAGAUGGUGUGUAAAUCCCAUGGCCGCUGUCUUCGCAAAGUACCAGACAGUGAUGUGUACCUGCAUCUCAGCCCCGUAACACACAGCAUCACCAGUCAGGGUGGCCAGCUUAAGGUUACAGGAGUGCCCAGCCAAGCCGAGCUGGCUUUUUUCCGCACACACUUCCAGUGCCAGUGCUACCGUGGGUACAGGGGUGAGGCUUGUGCUCAGAAAGAAAAAGGGCAGAAUAGAGCUUCCUCUGUCUUAGGGACCUGGCCUCUUUGCCUUUUACUCCCACUAGGACUCCUCACUCUGCUACACUGAGGAAACUGAGAGGCAUAAACUAUUCACUGCUUCUGACAGCCCUGAAAAGGACAGUUCAAACUUUUCAACGCAAAUGUGGUAGGUGACUGUACACUUGUGAAAGUGGUUCAUUGACAGCAGCAGACAGUCCGUCCUGUCACCAGACAUCUCCCUUUAUGAUAGGAUAUUUUUACUCCAGCACACAGACCCAUCUAAAAAGGAAUAUUUUUCUCUGACAAGCUGCACUGGGAUAUCUCCAACCUCAGGACCGCCUCUUGGAACCAAUGUCAGUCUAUCAAUAAUGCAACUGAUUAUUUACUUAGAUCAAAUGAUAUAUAAAAAUCAGAACUGUAUGUUGAAGCUCCGUGCUGGCCCUGACCUCCUGGACUGGAUUGUCCCCACAGAGAAAUGCCUUAUGGAAAAAAAGACUGCUUUUUUCUUUUCUUUUUUUUUUUUUAAAUAGGCACAACUGUGAUACUUAAGCAAAGGUGUGGAAGAAAGGUGCAUUUGAUGUCCAUUGACAUACACCAUUGAUAAUUUGUUGGUACGUUACAACAGAAGUGUACUUUUUGGUAUUCUGCAUCGUCAUACUGCUGCCUAAGAGUUUGUAUCUGUCGAUGAUUCAAGCUGUUAAGUGUUAUGACAUAUAGCCUUAUGACCAACACAUAGAUAGUGUAUAAUGCUAGAUGGUGACAAAUUAUGACAAAUGGGGUCAUAAACCUCUUUGGUUAUCCUUGGCUUAUAGAAACAACAUGGCUGGACCUGCCUGUUUCAGUUUAGAAAUGUGCCUUAACUGGCUUUUUGACAAAAUGCUCUUUUUUUCAGUUGCUUUUGUUUACAGGUUGUGAUUGUUGAGGUUUGUGUCAACAGUGUUCAUCUCAGCCUCUCUUCUCGGCACAGUGCUUUAUGCUGAUAUUAAUUCCACAAUGCCUACCCGUUUUCUUAUUAAUGAGUAAAAUGUGUAUAAAAAGGAAAGGCUGGGCAGAUUAGAAGAAACAAAUGUCACUGUUUGAUACAAAUGGUAUCUUCCUAUUUACAUGGCUGUCACUGUGAAAAUAAGUAGCAAUGAAAUUUAAUUUCAGCAUCCAAGUAAUGUAAUGUUUGGCUUAUAUUUGUUAAUUUUCCUUGAAAACAGACAGGAUGAUUUUCAGAUACUAGCAGAUUAAAUGUACAAAUACAUAAUUAUUGCCCCACUGAACAGGGCUAAUUUAACAUUGAUAUUAAUGUUUGAUUUGGCUGAUUAGUAAUAGAACAUGUUAAAAAUGUGUAUAUAUUCCAGUAUAAAAUGACAUAGUCACAAUUCUUGAGUAACCAAAGUAAGGGAUUCUUUUAGAAAUGUUUGUGUUUAUGUCAAAAAAAAAAAGAACAUUGGCCGAUGAACUGUUAUCAGA